GCGGAUCGAGCGGACGCUGGGGCAAAGUCGGAUUAACUUCUCAAUAGUGAUCUUGCUUGAGAAAGGAACCAGAGGAGGAGGAAGAGGAAAGAAAGAGGAGUCAGGAAUGGCUCUUUCUCAGGGUCUGUUGACAUUCAGGGAUGUGGCCAUAGAAUUCUCCCAGGAGGAGUGGGAAUGCCUGGACCCUGCUCAGAGGACUUUAUACAGGGACGUAAUGUUGGAGAACUACAGGAACCUGGUCUCUGUGGGUGGAGAUAACUUCCCUCCAGAAGUCAGGAUCUACCCCAUAUCAUCCUCCUGCAUGCAUAAGUGCCCCUUGAAGCCAGAUAUUGGUCAGCAUGUCUCAAGAUGCAGAGAUGAGCCAUCAAUCACAGAUAUCUCUACUAGGUAUGUGAUCAAGGAAUUUUUAGCAAAAGAGAAUAUUAAUAAAGGAGAUUUAUAUCAUCCAGUUCUUUUGGAAGGACAUGAAAACCAUUGCACUGAGGAUUUUGACUUCAGGGAAGCUUGGGGAAAUGUGUAUGAAUUUAAGAGUAAGUGUGGGUAUGAAGAAGGAAAUUCCAAAGGAAUCCUCACAACUGAUAACAUAAGUCUUAGUGGUAGAAAAGAUCAUCAAGACAGCAAAUCCUAUAUUAAUUUACCUUUAAAGCAGAGUGUUUCUGUAAAAAACACUACAACUCAGUAUUACAAGCAUGGAAAGUCAUUUUUAAGGAAUUUGUUAAAAAUAAAUAAUAACAUAGUCUGUGCAGGAAACAAGUAUAUGAAAUGUUUUGAAAAUGGGAUUGGAUUAAGCUUUCAUGUUAAAACCAACAUUUGUCAUAAAUAUAAGAAGAUUUUUUUUAAUACUUCAUUGCUUACUCAGCAGCAGAAAACACACAGAGAAAAACCAUAUAAAUGUAAUGAAUGUGGGAAGACUUUUAACCAAUAUUCAGUUCUUCUGAGUCAUCAGAGAAUUCAUUCUGAGCAGAGACCUUACAAAUGUAAUGAGUGUGGUAAAGCUUUUAAGCAGUUCUCAAACCUCACAAGACAUCAAAGAAUCCAUACUGGAGAGAAACCAUAUAAAUGUAAUGUGUGUGGCAAGGACUUUAAUCAAAAUUCUCACCUUGUAAAUCAUUGGAGAAUUCAUACUGGAGAGAAACCCCACAAAUGUAAUGAAUGUGGUAAGGCUUUUAUCAAAUGUUCAGAUCUUUGGCGUCAUGAGAGAAUACAUACUGGAGAGAAACCUUACAAAUGUAAUGAAUGUGGUAAGGGUUUUACCAAACGCUCUUAUCUGUGGGAUCAUGAGAGAAUUCAUACUGGAGAGAAACCAUACAAAUGUAUUGAAUGUGGCAAGGUGUUUAGGCAGUGGUCUACCCUCAGGAUUCACCGAAGGAUUCAUACAGGGGAGAAACCUUAUAAAUGUAAAGAAUGUGGCAAAGCCUUUAAGCAGUGCUCACACCUUACCAAGCAUCAGAAUAUACACCAUGGAGAGAAACCAUACAGAUGUAAUGUGUGUGGCAAGGCUUUUAUUCACAUCUCAAGCCUUAUGAAACAUCAGAGAAUUCAUACUGGAGAAAAGCCACACAAAUGUAGUGAAUGUGGUAAGGGUUUUAUCCAAAGUUCAAGUCUUGUGGAACAUCAGAGAAUCCAUACUGGUGAGAAACCUCAUAAAUGUAAUGAAUGUGGCAAAGCCUUUACUGUGCGUUCAAGCCUGACUAAACAUAAGAAAAACCAUACGGGACAGAAACCUUAUAAAUGUAAUGAAUGUGGUAAAGCAUUUACACAACUUGUACAUCUUACUAGACACCAGAAAACACAUACUGAAAAGAAACACAAUGAAUCUGGUACAUGUGAUAAUGGUUUUAUUCAAAGUUCAAGCCUGGGGGAUCAUCAGAAAAUUCAUGAUAGAGAGAAAUCUUACAAAUGUAAUGAAUGUGGCAAAUCCUUUAACUGGUGUUCACGCCUUACUCGACAUCAGAGAAUCCAUACUGGAGAGAAACCAUAUAAAUGUAAUGUAUGUGGCAAGGCCUUUAGCCAAAAUUCAAAUCUUACAAUUCAUCAGAGAAUUCAUACUGGAGAAAAACCUUACAAAUGUAAUGAAUGUGGCAAAGCCUUUAAACAAUAUUCAAGCCUCACUAGACACCAAAAUAUACAUCCUGGAGAGAAACCACACAAAUGUAAUGAUUGUGGUAAGGCUUUUAUCAAACGUUCACACCUUUGGGGUCAUGAGAGAAUUCAUAUUGGAGAAAAGCCAUACAAAUGUAUAGAAUGUGGGGAGGUCUUUAGGCAGUGGUCUGAUUUCAGGAUUCACCAAAGAAUUCAUACUGGAGAGAAAACUUAGAAAUGUAAUGAGUUGGGGGUAUAUAAUUUACCCACUUCUCACGAUGGACUGCAGCUCAGAGAAUUUAUAGUAGUAUAGACUAUAUAGUCUCUAGUCCUAGAAUACAGAUCAACCUCUGAUGUCAAAUUCUUCAAAGUAAUUAAAUGUCAGAAUCAUUUGAAAGUCCUGAGAUGAUGAAUGUUGGUGGAGCAGGAUUUAUGGAAAGGUACCAUUCAUUUUAAAAAUAGGUAGUGCCCCCUUAUCCAUGAGGAAUAUGUUCCAAGAAUCCCAGUGGAUUCCUGAAACCAUGGAUGCUACUGGACCGUAUGUAUGUAGCCAUAAGUUUUGCAAUUUCAGGUAUGAUACUCAAACUAACAAAUUCUUUUUUCUUCACAAUGCAUAGAAGGUUUAUUUUUACAGAUAUUAGCAACCUCAGCAUAUGAUUAUUUUUUUAAAUUAAGAGUUUUUACCUUUUUGCUUAAAGGAAGCACGUUGCAUCUUCUCUUUGGCAUGUCCAAAUUGACAGCAUCAUUCUUGCUGUUUGGAGCCAUUCUUAAGUAUGAUAAGGUUAUUUGAAUACAAGCAGUGUGAUACUAUGAAAGUUGUGUGAUAACUGAGAUGGCCACUAAGGGACUAAUGGGUGGGUAGUGUAUACAAUUUGGAUACUCAUGACAAGGGGAUGAUUCAUGUUCCAGAUGGGAUGGAGUGGGAUGGCAAAAGAUUUCAUUACACUACUCAGAAUGGUGUGCAAUUUGAAAAUUAUGGAUUGUUUAUUUAGGGAAUUUCCAUUUGAUAUUUUUUUACUUCUGUUGACCAUGUGUAACUGAAACUGCAGAAAGUGAAACUGCAGAUAA